CUGGCUCCGGGCCCAAAACUUGGGUGGAAGGCAGAGGUUUCCAGGACCCUCCCCGCCCCCUCCUCCCCGCCCCGUCGUUCCCUCCCUCCGCCCCCCGCGCCCCUCUGAAGCUACCCAGAAGACCGAGAGGGAGUUUAUCCCGGAGGGUGACGAGCGGCGAAGGGGGAAGGCUGGGGGCGGAGGGAAGGGCGGCGGGAGCCCGACCGGUCCCACCCCCAGCUGAACCCCUGGCAGGAAGAGACUGUCGCGGGAGCCGCCGCCGAGAGGGACGGAGCCCCGGAGGGCGGGCGCCGGAGCCGUGGCCGGGGCGGGCGGGGCAGCCAUGCUCCUGUCCGGGGGCGACCUUCCGGCGCAGGAAUGGUUCAUGGUGCAGGCCAAAGCGAAGCCCCGUGUGCAGCGACAGCGGCUGCAAGUGCAGCGCAUCUUCAGAGUGAAGCUGAACGCCUUCCAGAACCGCCCGGACAACCCUUACUUCUGGCUCCAGCUCGAGGGGCCCCGGGAGAACAUAGGCAAAGCCAAGGAGUAUCUGAAGGGCCUGUGCAGCCCAGAGCUGUGGAAGGAGGUUCGCUACCCGCCAGUCCUCCACUGCGCCUUUCUCGGGGCCCAGGGUCUCUUCCUCGACUGCCUAUGCUGGAGCACCCUGGCCUACCUGGUGCCUGGCCCCCCCGGCUCCCUGAUGGUGGGGGGGCUGACCGAGUCUUUCGUCAUGACCCAGAACUGGCUGGAGGAGCUGGUGGGGCGGCUGCGCUGGGGCCCUGCCCCUCUGCUGACCCCCCGGGGGAUCUGGGAGGCCGAGGUGACCCGGGCCUUUGGUGCCCUGGUCUGGAUUCGUGGUGACCAGCAUGCAGGGGAGCUACUGCAACUGCCCCCGGCGGUCCAGGAGCUGCUGCUGAGCCUGGUGCGGGAUGCCGCGGGCAAGGAGGACAUCAUCGAGUGGCUGAGCCGCAUCGGCAUCUCAGAGACCCUCUCUGAUCCUGAGGUCCUGAUCUGCCUUCCCCACCAGCAGAAGGAAGGCCCGGCCCUGGUGUCCGUGGGAGAGGGUCCUGGGCCCUUCCUGGAGAUGGGGACUGUCCAGAAUGGGGGCUCAGAGGAUUCAAAGAGAUUAACCAGCCCAGGAGCCAAUGGGCCCCUGGUCUCAGGCAUCUUGGGUCCUCAGGAGAUCCCAGCCAAGAACAAGCAGCAGGAGACAGCAAACCAACUGGUACGGGUCGGUUCCAACAACCAAGGUGGUACGGACAGUGCUCGCCAGGAAGGGCCAGUGCAAGCCACCAGCAGUCAGGACUCUGUGAACCACACACAAGCCCUGAUGAAGCAAAGGCAGGUCAAGAGGGUGGAAGAUAAACUCCCCUUCCAGGCUCCGGUGUCAGCCCUGAGUGUGUGCCCUCCCUGGAAGGCCUGGAACCCAGGGCCAGCCUUUGGGCCCUUGUGGCCAGGGGCAAUUGCUGCAACUUUCUGGAGGAUCAAUGAACUUCAUUCUCUCCACCUGGCCUGGCUCCUGUCCCAAGCGUGCUUCAAUUUUCCCUUCUGGCAGAGGCCACUAGGCCCCAUUCAGUUCAAGCUGCCAGGGCAGAAUCCUCUGCCCUUGAAUCUGGAGUGGAAGCAGAAGGAGUUGUCUCCUUUGCCCAGUGUGGAGAGCCCAGCCUGUAAACCAGAUGGGGGACUGGGAGGAGAGGCAGCCCUACAGAAUUGCCCAAGGCCAGAGACCCCCCCAAAAGUCCUGAGCUUGUUGGUGGUCCCAGGGGGCUCGGGUGUAAAGAACACAGUUAUCCCAGGACUUCCACAGAUAGGACCACCUUCUACCUCUACACCCCAACUGCAAACUAUGGGUGAGCCAGGGGAUCAAGGAACAAGGCAGUUGGAUUGUAAGGGACUGAAAGAGGAAUGUUCUUCAGCGCUGCCUGCAGGGCAAGAGAUGCCCACUGCUCAAGGGGGGGCAACCACUCCAUCAGUACCGGAAGCUCAAACAGUGCCUGAACCUCAAAAAGUGCCCAUGGCUGUCGCAGUGCCCACAGCAGUACCCACAGCUCAACAAUCACCCAUCAGCCAAAAGUUGCCUGCAACUCAAAAAGUGCCUACUGCUCAGAUGACGCCGGCAGCCCCCACAGUCCCCGCAGCUCACGAAGUGCCUUCAGGUUCAGGGCCAGCAGCUCAAGCAGUGCCUGCAGCUCCAAAAGCAGCCAUGGCUCAUCCAGCAUCUCCAACUCAAAUGGUGUCCCCGGCUCCUAAGGCUCCCACAGCUCAAGAGACGCCCACAGUGAAAACGUCGCCUGCAGGUCCCAAAACACCCAAAGCUCAAACCGUGCCUGCAGCUAAAACAGGGUCCACUGCUCCAAAAGCACCUGCAGCUCCAAAAGCCACCACAGCCCCCAAAGCACCUGCAGUUUCCAAAGCCUCCCGAGCUCCCCAAACGCCUGCAGCUCAGAAGGUACCCACAGAUCCAGGGCGCCCCCUGGAUGAAGCCAAACUCCUGAAGGGUCAGGGAGAGGCUGGGAGGCAGGGUCCUCACCCCAGCAGUGCCUUGGGACCCAGCAGUAAGCACCAGCCCCAGAUGGAGGGUCUCCUGGGGGCUUGGGAGGGGGCCCCGAGGCAGUCGCCUCGCCACCCACAGGCAAACAGCACAGUCACCAGCUUCCAGAGGUACCACGAGGCACUGAACACACCCUUUGAGCUGAACCUGUCAGGGGAACCCGGGAACCAGGGCUUGCGGCGCGUGGUCAUUGACGGCAGCAGCGUGGCCAUGGUGCAUGGCCUCCAGCACUUCUUUUCCUGCCGUGGCAUUGCCAUGGCGGUGCAGUAUUUCUGGAACCGGGGACACCGAGAGGUCACCGUGUUUGUACCCACCUGGCAGCUGAAGAAGAAUCGGAGGGUGAGAGAGAGCCACUUCCUGACGAAGCUGCACUCCCUCAAGAUGCUUUCAAUCACCCCUUCCCAGCUCGAGAACGGCAAGAAGAUCACUACCUACGACUAUAGGUUCAUGGUGAAGCUGGCGGAGGAGACAGAUGGCAUCAUCGUCACCAAUGAGCAGAUCCACAUCCUGAUGAACAACUCUAAGAAACUGAUGGUCAAGGAUCGCCUGCUGCCCUUCACCUUUGCGGGAAACCUCUUCAUGGUGCCAGAUGACCCCCUGGGCCGGGACGGCCCCACCCUGGAUGAGUUUCUGAAGAAGCCAAAUAGAUUGGACACCGAUAUUGGAAACUUUCUAAAAGUAUGGAAGACCCUCCCUCCCAUCUCCUCCAGCGUCUCUGAGUUGAGUGGUGCCACUACCCCUGGGCCCCUGGAGAGCCCGCAGCAGGUGGAAGAAGUCGAGGAGGAGAACGAGGAAAGGCAGGAGGAGGAGAAGAAGGAGGAAAGGCAGGAGGCGAAGAAGGAGGAGCAGGAGGAGGAGGAGAAGGAGAGGCAGGAUGAGGAGCAGAGGGAGGCGCGGGGUGUGCAGCAGCCAGCUGGGGAGGCCGGCCUCGAUACCUCCCAGGCCUCACUCUUCCAAACCGAGUGCCCCUGCCUUUCAGAGGAAAUCCUCCGGUGCCUCAGCCUCCAUGACCCCACCAACGGGGCCCUAGACAUCGAUCUCCUGCCUGGGGUGGCUUCUCCCUAUCUGGGCGUCCUCUGGGACGGGAAGGCUCCCUGCCAGCAGGUGCUCGCACACCUGGCCCGGCUGACCGUCCCCAGCAACUUCACCGCGCUCUCCUUCUUUGUGGGGUUCAUGGACUCCCAUCGGGAUGCCAUCCCCGACUAUGAAGCCCUCGUGGGCCCCCUGCACGGCCUCCUCAAGCAGAAGCCUGACUGGCAGUGGGCCCGGGAGCACGAGCAGGCCUUCCUGGCCCUGAAGCGAGCCCUGGUGUCCGCCCUCUGCCUGACGGCCCCCGACGCCCAGCUGCCCUGCCGCCUGGACGUGACGGUGAGCAACGUGGCGCUGAAGGCCACUCUCUAUCAGGAGCACUCAGGGAGGAAGCACCCAGUAGCCUAUACCUCGAAACCUCUCCUCCCCGAUGAGGAGGGCGAGGGCCCACAGUCGGGGGGAGACAGCCCCUACGCCGUGGCCUGGGCCCUCAAGCAUUUUUCCCGCUGCAUUGGAGACACGCCCGUGAUCCUGGGCCUCUCCUAUGCCUCCCGGGCUGCUGCGGACCCCGAGGCAAAGGAGGGCAGGAGGGUUUCUGAUGCAUGGCUGAUCCGUUGGUCCCUCUUGGUACAGGACAGAGGCAAGAGGGCCCUGGAACUGACCCUUCUCCAGGGUCUGCUGGGGGAAAACCGCCUCCUGACACCCACUGCCUCACUGCCACGUUUUUUCCAGGUUCUGCCCCCUUUCUCUGACUUGUCCACUUUCGUCUGCAUCCACAUGUCAGGCUAUUGUUUCUACCGUGAGGAUGAGUGGUGCGCAGGCUUCGGUCUCUAUGUGCUGUCUCCCUCCAGCCCCCCUGUCUCCCUUUCCUUCUCCUGCUCCCCUUACACCCCAACCUACGCCCACCUGGCCGCCGUGGCCUGUGGGCUGGAGCGCUUCGGCCAGUCCAGCCUGCCCUUGGUUUUCCUCACCCACUGCAACUGGAUCUUCAGCCUCCUCUGGGAGCUCCUCCCCCUCUGGAAGGCCCGGGGCUUCCUCUCCUCCGACGGGGCUCUGCUACCUCACCCGAGCCUGCUCUCCUACAUCAUCUCCCUCACCUCCAGCCUCUCGUCCCUUCCGUUUAUCUACCGAACCUCCUACCGGGGUUCUCUGUUUGCUGUGACAGUGGACACCCUGGCCAAGCAGGGUGCCCAGGGGGGCGGGCAGUGGUGGGACUUGCCAAAGGAUGUGCCAGCCCCGGCGGUGUCCCCCCGUCCCAGGGGCAAGAAGCCCAACCUGCUGGCUCUACAGCUCAGUGACAGCAGCCUGGCGGACGUCAUCGCCAAGCUGCGGGCUGGGCAGAAGCUGUCCGGCUCCUCGCCCUUCAGCUCGGUCUUUACCUCACUCAGCCUCGACAAGGAGAGUGGCCUGCUCAUGUUCAAGGGAGAUAAGAAGCCCAGGGUCUGGGUAGUCCCGAAGCAACUCCGGAGGGAUCUGAUUUUCUCUGUGCAUGACCUCCCCGUGGGAGCCCACCAGAGACCAGAGGAGACCUAUAAGAAGUUGCGCUUGCUGGGGUGGUGGCCCGGCAUGCAGGAGCAUGUGAGAGAUUACUGCAGGAGCUGCCUGUUCUGCAUCCCCAGAAAUCUCAUAGGCAGCGAGUCGAAGGUCAUCGAGUCCCUGUGGCCUCUCAGGUCGAAUGCCCCCUGGUCCAGCCUGCAGCUCGAGGUGGUGGGCCCCGUCACCACAAGCGAGGAGGGCCACAAGCACGUGCUUAUUGUGGCCGACCCCCACACCAGAUGGGUGGAGGCUUUCCCCCUGAAGCCCUACACGCACACCGCUGUGGCCCAGGUGCUGCUUCAGCACGUGUUUGCCAGGUGGGGGGUUCCUGUGAGGCUGGAGGCAGCCCAGGGCCCCCAGUUUGCCCGGCAUGUCCUAGUGAGCUGCGGUCUGGCCCUGGGAGCCCAUGCGGUGUCCGUGAGUCGGGACCUCCAGUUCCCCUGCCUGACGAGCUCAGCAGCCUACUGGGAGUUUAAGAGGGCCCUCAAGGAGUUCAUCUUCCUGCAUGGGAAGAAGUGGGCGGCCUCCCUGCCCCUGCUGCACCUGGCCUUCAGGGCCUCCUCUUCUGAGGCCACGCCCUUCCAGAUCCUGACGGGCGGCGAGCUGAAGCUGACUGAGCCUCUGUGGUGGGAGAUGAGCAGUGCCAAUAUCGAAGGGCUCAAGAUGGACAUCUUCCUGCUACAGCUGAUUGGGGAGCUGCUGGAGCUCCACUGGAGGGCGGCUGACAGGGUCUCAGAGAGGGUGGAGAACAGGCGUUUCAAGCAGGAGAGCCAGGAGAAGGAGUGGAACGUGGGUGACCAGGUCCUCUUGCUGUCCCUCCCCAGGAAUGGCAGCAGUGCCAAAUGGGUGGGUCCCUUCUAUAUUGAGGACCGGCUGAGCCUGUCUCUCUACAGGGUCUGGGGCUUCCCGACCCCAGAGAAGCUGGGGUGCAUCUAUCCCAGCAGCCUGAUGAAGGCCUUUGCCAAGAGUGGCACACCCCUGUCCUUCAAGGUGUUGGAGCAGUGAGCUGGAGCAGUGGUGGAGCCCUUUUCCUGUCCAGGAGCCCUGAAUUUCUGCUGCUAGGUCCCCUCUGUACCCCCACAGUGCUCUUACUUGGGGACCCUUGGAUGUGCCUUUUAUAGAGAAGCUGCUUCAUAAAGCUCUGUUAAUUGCAUUGAACUGGGGACCCAGAUCCCUUUGGAAACAUCCCCAGUUUGGGGUAUUUACAGAAUCUGCCAAAGGCUGUCAGAUAUGGGCCUCUGGCACUUUUAUCAUGGGGAGUAGAAAGUUUUCUUACUAAGCUAGGCCAGGCUCAGUUUCUUUUCCCUAAGUGUUCCCUUUGUCCCGUCACACACAGGCACACAUGUGCACAUGUAUGAGGGUAUACACACACACACACACCCCAGGAUUUUAUUCCUACAGUCUUAAUCAUGAAACUGUGUGACUCUGUCUAGACCUCGGACUCAGAACCACAUUCUUCUCCCAAAAAGAAACCUCAAAUGCAGGCUCCUCCCUUCAAACUGUUCAUUUGGGGACGAUUUGUCCCUGGCAUUGUCACAGCUGACACAAAUCCAUGCCAGCAGUGGGGAGGCAGCUGGCUCCUCAGUCUCCUGGGCAGCUUUCUCAGGCCAGGUUGGGCCUGUCUGGCUGUCAAGGAAGGGCUGCCAGUCUUCCCAGACCUUCAGGGCAGUAGCUUGGGGC